AUGUCAUACAACUACUGCGGAUUUGUGAAAAGUGUUGAUACUAUUGAAGGCUUUCAUACAUUGCGGAUUGUUGGAGCGAUGUGGAGAAAGAAAAAGACUACAUGCGGCUUUCCUGGAUGCAGAACUUACGACAUGAUUGUUGGAGCGAUGUGGAGAAAGAAAAAGACUACAGGCGGCUUUCCUGGAUGCAGAUCUUACGACAAGGUGCACUAUAACGUCAUAUGGUGGACACUGCAAAAGCACAUAAUUCCAGAAGUAUUUAUCCAAUUUAUAGAGGAGUCAGUGCUCUCUCCCCUGCCCUUCAUCGCAUUAUGGAAAAGGUCUCAGCGAUGGCCUCCAGGAAAAAUGGAAGAACCAAGCAAGUUUACAGGGAUUGAAGUUCAACACAAUGAAGACAUAUGGAAAUGGAAGGUUACACAUCAGAAAGUAUACAUCGAUAAUGAGCCAAUCAAGAAGACGAGUAUGAUCAAGUACCUAGGAGCUCGCAUGCCUUACGAAGGAGAAUUCAGGAUGAGAUGUAGAUCAGGACAAACACAGCCUGGAUGA